AUGAAACACGAGGUUGCUGGUACAUACGACAAUAAUUCUACAAAGCAUGUACCCCACAGGUCCACAAGCACGCUGUGGCUGGAGGCCUUUCCGGAACUGGAGAUUUACAGAUGCGAACCCCAGCUCUCAACUGGGCGCAUAAUGGCGAUUAGGUUGAUGUCAGAGGCUCCAAGCACACUUUACUACAUGCAGCUCCUCGAUGAUCUCCCGCUUCAUCUCACGACACCCCUUCACAGCCGAGCUAGAGAAGCUGAUCAUAGCUCGGGGUGA